ACUGCCUCAAAAAACCGCGGAGCUUCGUUGUCUGAAUAUUCGACACAGUCUUCGAAGCGCAGUUCCUCCUAAAUGUUAGUUUUCAGCAGUUGCGAUAUUUUUCUGCAGGCGUCACCAUGAAGGCAGCCACAGUCCUCGUUUUUGUCUAUAUUUUCUGUGCUGUUUUUGAAACUACAGAAUCCCAAACAACAAGUCCAUCUUCAAUUCCUUGUGCUGUGAAAUCCAAUACCAGUUGUGAUGAAUGCUUAAAGAAUGUGACGUGUUUGUGGUGCAUAUCGACUAAACAGUGCAUCGACUACCCAGUGAGAAAUGUCCUUCCUUUUCACACUGGGUGUCCUUUAAAUGAUGCACGAUGGGCGGCGUGUUGGGUAAACUUCCAGACGUUGAUCAUUACCAUGUCUGUGAUCGCUGCCGUCAUCCUCAUUGCCAUUUUAGUUUGCUGCUGCUGCAGGUGUGACAGAAUUGGGUUCCGGAACCAAAGGGAAGAUGCAAGAUUGGAGCAGGAAAAACGUGCAAGGGAGGCCCGCCACAAAGAAAGGAGAACAGAAAUGCAGAUGAGGCAUGAUGUCAUCAGACAGAAAUACGGUCUGACGAAGAAUAAUCCGUACUCCCGUAUGGACAAUGCUUAAAGAAGAACAUCAGAGAAGAAUACUUUUCAAUAAUCACAGAUGGUGCCAAUAAAUUUAAAUUGCAGUAUUGAUCUAAAGCAGCACAUGAUAAACUGUGACAAUGUGAUUUGUGUACUGGUGUUUGUUCUGGGGAUGUCACCAAAGGGUACAAAUGAUUUAGUCUAAAUGUGUACAGUAUUUCAACUGUGGUCCAUAAAUAUUUGGACAACGGUAGCAUUUAAGAGCUGAAAUUAAAUGAGAAAUAUAAGCUCAAA